CCACAUAUAAGGCGACUCACCUGCGGCUCUUCUGCGCAACGCUGCGCCGUCUUGGUUCACAGAAGCCAUGUUCCACGAUCUCAACGUCCCCUGGACAAGUGCGAAGGAGCUACAGCGUGCGGUCGCGUUUCUCGAUGAAUUAGGAUACGACGUGGUCGCUCUUACCCAUUCUUACGGCGGGCGCUUGCCCGCAGACUUGACGUCCCCCGUCCCCAAUCCCCUGCCGUUCCCAACACCGCCGCGGCUGCGUGUACUACGUCGCUGUAACAUUUUCCUCACGGAUGCAGCUUCCAACUUCCGGAUUCCGCAGCUCCAGCAGCAGUAUGAUCUGAUCGCAGCGCGGCCCACUGACGAAAAGACGCUCCAGCAAGCAUGCCAGAGUCUAGAUGUAGACAUCAUCUCUCUCGAUCUGAGCCAGAAGUUUGAGAAGCACUUCAAGUUCCCUAUGCUUGGCACCGCCAUCUCACGCGGGAUCAAGAUUGAGCUCUGCUACGGCCAAGCCAUCCUCUCCACUGAUUUGAAUGCGAAGAGAAAUGUCAUCAGCAAUGCGACACAGCUCAUCCGUGUGACCCGGGGACGUGGCCUGAUCAUGAGCUCGGAGGCAAAGAGCUUGCUGGGACUAAGGGCGCCCAGCGAUGUCAUGAAUCUGGCAUCCGUGUGGGGUCUGGGUCUGGAGAGAGGCAAGGAUGCGCUCACGAAGGAGCCUCGCAGCAUCGUGGAGUUUGCACGGCUCAAACGCCAAAGCUACAAGGGCAUUGUCGACAUAGUCUACGGGGGUGAGAAGCCGCCUGCGCAAGAGAAGGUCGUAGACAGCAAGUUGAAGAAGAGCCAGAGUAAGGACCAGAAGCGCAAGGCUCAGGACAGCCUCGAUACAACGCCGGCUCAAUCUGGGGAGGAGAAGAAGGUCUCGAACCGCCAAAUAAAAAAGAACAAGAAGGCUAAACUGAAUGCUGAACUGCAGAGCGGCACGCAGUCGUCCGCUUAAGCCGGAACAGCGCCUGAAGAGAGUUACAUGGGACCUUGAGCGCAUCUUGUUGGCAGGCUGAUCCUGCAAUUCUUAAACAAGUCUGGUCGCGAAUCCUGGAAUCGCUUCUACCAAUACCAAUGCUCUCAUCGACUUCCUCUCUGCGCGUGAGCAUGUCAUGCUGAGACUGAAACUGAGACUAGACUCUCCUCAAUGCUUUGUGCGCGAUCUCGUGUGGAGACCAUCGUUAGUGACACUGGGAUCUUCAUGUGAUAUCGAGCUAAAAGAUUAGUCGUGUAAGAUGCCGCUAACGCAUCUCGAUUAGCUUCCUCCCGUGCUACAUGAGCUGAGCAACGGGUGUAAGACGGCUAAUUCCAUGACACUUAU